CUGUCUUUCGGGUUGGGUUGGGCUGGGCUCUGGAAUGUUGUCUGCAUUUUGUGAAAUUCAUAUUUAAUACGUAAUUGAGUUGGAUCGGUGCAGAGUACCGCAAGAGAGAGACAGGUGAUCGAUCGCUGCAGUCAUCGAUGGUGUUCUUCAGGAGCGUCACCGCGCUUUCCAAGCUCCGUUCCCGUCUCGGGCAACAGUCGACUCUCAGAGAUUCCGUCAGAUGGAUCCAAACGCAGAGCUCCACAGAUCUUGAACUUCGUUCUCAGCUGGCUGAAUUGAUUCCUGAACAACAGGAACGUCUGAAGAAACUCAAGGCAGAUUAUGGAAAAGUUCAACUGGGCAAUAUCACUGUUGAUAUGGUGAUAGGUGGAAUGAGAGGAAUGACAGGGUUGCUGUGGGAAACCUCCUUACUUGAUCCAGAUGAGGGAAUUCGCUUCAGGGGUUUGUCAAUUCCAGAAUGCCAGAAAGUAUUACCAGCUGCAAAGCCAGGUGGAGAACCUUUGCCUGAGGGUCUUCUGUGGCUGCUUUUAACAGGAAAGGUACCUAGCAAAGAGCAAGUAGAUGCAUUAUCCAAGGAAUUGAGGACUCGUGCCGUAGUUCCAGAUUAUGUGUAUAAGGCCAUUGAUGCUCUGCCUAUUACAGCACAUCCAAUGACCCAGUUUACCACUGGUGUCAUGGCCCUCCAGGUAGAGAGUGAAUUCCAGAAGGCAUAUGAAAAGGGGAUACAUAAAUCAAAGUACUGGGAGCCAACUUUUGAGGAUUCACUUAGCUUGAUUGCACAAGUGCCAGUAGUGGCUGCCUAUAUUUAUCGAAGAAUUUUCAAGGAUGGAAAAGUAAAACAGAUUGAUGAUUCUUUGGAUUAUGGUGCAAAUUUUUCACACAUGCUGGGUUUUGACGAUCCCAAGGUGCAUGAGCUCAUGAGGCUUUAUGUCACCAUCCAUAGUGAUCAUGAGGGUGGGAAUGUCAGUGCUCACACGGGACACUUGGUUGCUAGUGCACUUUCAGAUCCGUAUCUUUCAUUUGCAGCUGCUUUAAAUGGCUUGGCUGGCCCACUCCAUGGUUUGGCUAAUCAGGAAGUAUUGCUUUGGAUAAAAUCUGUGGUAGAUGAAGUCGGAGAGAAUGUAACUACCGAGCAGUUGAAAGAUUAUGUCUGGCAAACGUUAAAAAGUGGGAAGGUCGUUCCUGGUUUUGGACAUGGGGUCUUGCGUAAAACAGACCCACGAUACACAUGUCAAAGGGAGUUUGCAUUGAAACACAUGCCUGAUGAUCCGCUGUUUCAGUUGGUCUCCAAGCUUUAUGAAGUUGUGCCUCCCAUACUUACCGAACUAGGCAAGGUUAAAAACCCAUGGCCCAAUGUAGAUGCACACAGUGGAGUUCUGUUGAACCAUUUUGGUUUGACUGAGGCAAGAUAUUUUACUGUUCUCUUUGGUGUGUCGAGGAGUAUAGGGAUUGGUUCUCAGUUGAUAUGGGACCGAGCUCUUGGUUUGCCUCUCGAAAGGCCUAAAAGUGUUACGAUGGAAUCGCUUGAGAAUUUCUGCAAGAAAGCAGCUUCGUCUUGAGAAAUGGAGUGCUGUAUGAAAUCGCUUGUUUGAGUAAUAAUUGCUCCCGAUUGAUGGCUUUGUGAAGGAUGUAACGGUGGUGUAAAAAUGUCAGUUUCUGUUGGUUUUAGUUGAGAAAUUGUUCAAUGAAAACCUUAACACGCACACACUUGAGUAUUUUCAGCUACUUUGAAGGAAUUUUGAGGUGACAUAGGCGCAGGGGGUUUUGCUGCUCUUUUAAUAAACAGAUUGGAGCUAUUUCGAAUAAAUCGUAUAGUUUAAAGAUUUCCACAA